CGAAUGUGGAGCAGGAAAAUGAACAUCUCUCCGAGAUUUACAUGACCAAAAUAUUUACCUGAACAUCUCACUAUUCAGUUUUCCAUCAUAUUGUUUGUUUUUUUAGUUUAAGGUCUCAUUUUUAUUUGGAAAAAAAAAGAAAAGCGAAAAAUAAAAAUUACAAUGGUCACACGUUUUAUCAUGAGUCAGAAUAAGAAAUAUCGCACGUUUUAUAAUAUGUUUAUUUAUUACACAAUAUCAGCAUUUUUGAUGAUGAUGGUCAUGAUUCACUCUGAUUUCAGCCAUACUGUUCAAAUUUGGCACGCAGGAUCAAAGGAAGCUCGCCAAACAGAAAGGGAAAACCCUUUUCCAUUUUUCCCUUCUUCUGGUUAGUCCUUCAAUCUUCACAUUUUCACUCCCAUUUGAGAAACCAUUGAAAUUGGGUUCUGGGUUUAAGAGUUAGGUAGAAUUUUUGAGGAGACGCUUAGAAUGGACCAUGAUUCAGUGAUUGAGUUCUUGGGCUGUGUGCCUUUGCUGCAGAGACUCCCGAGCUCUUCCCUCAGGAAGAUUGCCCAAGUUGUUACCGUCAAACAUUACGAACCUGGAGAGUAUGUCGUUCGUGAAGGAGAUCCAGGUGAUGGAGUUUAUAUUAUAUGGGAUGGAGAGGUAUUUUGGUUACGAUUCCCUGCAAUGUGUUAAAUGACAUUAUUUUCCUCAUACCUGUUGGUAAAAAUCUGUAAUUUUUCCCAAUGUUGAGGCAGGCUGAAGUGAGCUCGAUGCAUACUGAAGAUGAGAUUCAUCCUGAAUUUCACUUGCAACGAUAUGACUUCUUUGGCCAUGGCACCAUCUCAUCUAAUCAACAAGCUGAAGUGGUAGCACUGUCUAAGCUCACCUGUUUAGUGCUUCCUCACGAAUAUGGUAAUUUACUGCAAACAAAAUCAAUCUGGAAUGCAGAUAAAGGAGUUGAUAACACUUCAUUUGUGGAGCAGAUACUGCAUCUGAAGCCCUUAGAAGUGAACAUCUUCCAAGGAAUCACCUUACCUGAUGCACCAAGAUUUGGGAAAGUUUUUGGAGGACAGUUCAUUGGGCAGGCACUUGCUGCAGCAUCUAAAACAGUGGACUGCCUUAAGAUUGUUCACAGUUUGCAUGCUUACUUCCUCCUUGUUGGGGACGUGGAUAUGCCAAUUAUAUAUCAUGUUCAUCGAGUUCGUGAUGGAAAGAGCUUUGCUACUCGAAGAGUGGAAGCAAUUCAAAAAGGAAUAGUUGUAUUCACACUGACUGCUUCCUUUCAGAAAGAGGAAGAGGGCUUCAAUCAUCAAGAUGCAACAAUGCCAUCUGUGCCCAAUCCAGACACGCUUUUAUCUAUGGAAGAGUUGCGAGAGAAGCGUCUGACUGAUCCCCGUCUUCCAAGGACUUACCGGAAUAAAGUUGCAACAAGGAAGUUUACACCUUGGCCAAUUGAGAUUCGCUUCUGUCGGCCUAAUACUUCAACGAAUAAUGACAAAUCACCUCCCAGUUUGAAUUACUGGUUCAGAGCGCGAGGAAAACUUUCAGAUGACCAAAAUUUGCACCGAUGUGUUGUUGCGUAUGCAUCCGAUCUGCUAUUUCUACAAAUAAGUCUAAAUCCUCACCGUGAAAAGGGUUUGAAAACUUCUGCAGUUAGUCUGGACCAUUCGAUCUGGUUUCACAGGUCCUUUAGAGCGGAUGAUUGGCUAUUAUUUGUUAUACAUAGCCCAAAUGCUCAUAAUGCGCGUGGUUUUGUUACUGGCCAAAUGUUUACCCAAAAAGGAGAGAUUAUAAUUAGGCCCGAAUUUUGGUACUUUGGUUCAAUGGAAUCAGAUUUAGACGCGAGUGGCUCAUCUGAAAGGUGGUCUUGCGGGAUCAAGCAUUGCGACACAGAAGAAUCAUCCCUCAUUCCAGGUCUUCCUGAUGACAUUGCUUUCAUUUGCUUGGCAAGGAUUCCCAGACAAUAUCAUCCUGUAAUGAAAUGUGUUUGUGUGCGAUGGAAAGAUUUGGCCGAUUCUGAAGAAUGGUAUUCAUACAGGAAAAGGCAUGAUUUGGUAGAGGCAUGGAUUUAUGCUCUAGGCAAAGAUAAGUAUGACCAACUCUGCUGCUUUGUGUUAGACCCGAGUCGGCCAUCAAGAGGCUGGAACCGAAUUUCGGGCAUCCCUAGUUGUUGUAUGAAAAGGAAAGGCAUGAGAUUUGAAGUGUUGGGAAAGAGGCUUUACUUGCUUGGUGGCUCUGGAUGGUCAGAAGAUACAACCAAUGAAGUAUAUUGUUAUGAUGCUGCGACGAAUUCUUGGAGCCCAGCUGCUAGUUUAUCAGUUGCCAGGUGCAAUUUUGCUUGUGAAGCUGUGAAUGACAAAAUCUAUGCAAUUGGUGGAUUAGGCCCUAACUCAAGGUAUCUAAACUCCUUGGAUGUUUAUAACCCUAAAGAGAAUGUUUGGAGUUCUCAUGUGUUUCCACACGUCCUUGGCGACGUUGAAGAUUCUGUCAUCUUGAACGGGAAAAUUUACAUCCGGUUUGGUUCUAACAAUGCUAUCGCUUAUGAUCCAUCGAACCAUACAUGGGAACACGCGGAUCCUGAACUGGUUGCGGGCUGGUUUGGUCCGGCAGCUGUUGUUGAUGGGAACUUUUAUGUGUUGAACCACAAUUUAGGUAACCAAAUGAUGAAAUGGGUGGAUGAUCGAAGACAGUGGGUAUCUGUUGGUAGAUUCGCGUCGAAAAAAAUCCAACCGCCAUGCCAGCUUGUGUCAAUUGGGAAGAAGAUAUUGAUCAUUGGGAAGGGGCUUAAUACAACCGUGUUCCAUACUGAAAAUGCCUGGGAAUUACAAACUUUAAGCUCCCCAUUUAGAUCAACAACCUAUGACAUAGUAAGUGAUAUAGAUUGUAAAUGUGUGGCAAUUUAA